CUUGCAUUUACCCCCCAUCGACAUCACAAUUAGAUCCUUAAUGAAGAGUGCAUUGACCUUUGAGGCGGUGGCAAAGUGUUCCACUACAAAGGCUAGAACCGCCUUACUCACAUUACCCCAUGGCCCUGUCAAUCUACCCGUGUUCAUGCCGGUAGGCACUCAAGGUACCUUGAAGGGCAUGACUCCGAAACAAGUAGAAGAUCAAAACUGUCAAAUUAUGCUGAACAACACAUAUCACUUGGGAUUGAAACCGGGACAAGAAUUGUUGGACAAGGUUGGCGGAACUCAUAAAUUUCAAAAUUGGAACAGAAACAUAUUGACGGACAGUGGAGGUUUCCAAAUGGUUUCAUUGUUGAAAUUGGCAGAGAUCACAGAGCAAGGUGUUCAAUUUGCUUCUCCACAUGAUGGAUCGCUCAUGAUGCUGACACCCGAGCACUCUAUGUCUUUACAAAAUUCAAUUGGAUCGGAUAUCAUGAUGCAGCUGGACGACGUGAUCUCAUCGUUGACCACUGGACCUCGAGUGGAAGAAGCCAUGUGGCGAUCUAUCCGAUGGCUUGAUCGAUGCAUAGAAGCUCACCAGCGACCCCAUGAUCAAAACCUGUUCGCCAUUAUUCAAGGUGGUCUGGAUCCCGAAUUACGGCGGAAGUGUGUCGAUGAAAUGGUCAAACGGGACACGCCUGGAUAUGCCAUUGGAGGAUUAAGCGGUGGAGAAGAGAAGGACCAAUUUUGGCGAAUUGUGUCACUGUGUACGGAUCUGUUGCCAAAGAACAAGCCCAUCUACUGUAUGGGUGUAGGCUAUGCCGAGGAUCUCGUGGUCUGUGUGGCAUUAGGAGUUCAUAUGUUUGACUGUGUUUUCCCCACUCGAACUGCACGAUUUGGUAACGCGCUGACCAUGAAAGGCACGCUGUCAUUGAAAUCCGGUCGGUUUGCAGAGGACUAUCAGCCCAUUGAGGAAGGUUGUUCCUGCCUGGCGUGUACCAAAUACACACGCUCCUAUAUCCACCUCCUCACCACCAAAGAUACAGUUGGUUGUCACUUGAUCUCACUCCAUAAUGUUGCGUUUCAAUUACGCUUGAUGGGAGAAAUCCGAGCUGCCAUUGAAAAGGAUGAAUUUCCGCAGUGGAUCCAGCAAUUCUUUGCAGGUUACUUUAAAGAAAAGGCCAAGUACCCUCCGUGGGCAGUCAAUGCUCUUCGCAGCGUUGGAGUUGAUCUCCUUGCCUGAUGAUGGUGCCUGAAUGGUUAUUUUUAUUUCAAUAAAAUCUAGACAUUUUGGCAGGCAAUAUUUUAUUUCCAAAGCUUGGAAGCCAGACACAGCCCCGUUGCCCCCAAACUCGCUCGCCUGACUC